AUGAUGGCAACAACUCCACCUAUAAACACAGCCACUCCUGGAGGAGACGAGUUCAAAGAAGUGUCAGUGGAUAUUGAAGGAUUGGCAUUGCAACAACAACAGAUACCUACGACAGCAGUGACAAAGCCUUCAUACAGACCAUCGAGCCCACCAAAGAGCAUAGUGAUGUUUGAUGGCGUAUGCAAUGUCUGCGAUGGCUUUGUACACUUUGUCUAUCCCCGCGACACACAGAAGCGCUUCACAUUCCAGGCGUUACAAACAAUCAAAGGCAGAGAGAUACUACAAUACUAUGGCAUACCCGAAGACCUCUCCACCAUUGUACUGAUCGAGGAAGAGUCCAACACCUACUUCACCAAGUCCACCGCAGUACUACGUAUUAUGUAUUAUCUACAAAGACCAUAUCCACUAUUGUAUUCAUUCUAUUACCUGCCGACAUUCUUUAGAGACUUCUGUUAUGGAACGUUUGCAAAGUAUCGCUACUUGGUCAUGGGCAAGAAGGACACUUGUAUGUUUAGUCCAGGUCUGCGAGACAGGUUCAUCGACUGGAGGAGUCCCAUCAUCGAGGAGGAGGUGGUCGACGACAACAAGGAGAUG